AAGUAUUCCCUCAAUGGUGCAAGGAGUAUGGUCUGAUGAUCCUGCUUUGCAAUUGGAGACUACCACUCAGUUUAGGAAGCUGUUAUCAAUUGAACGCAGCCCUCCAAUUGACGAGGUUAUAAAAGCAGGUGCGGUCCCUCGGUUUGUGGAGUUUCUUGGGAGACAUGAUAUGCCCCAAUUGCAAUUUGAAGCUGCAUGGGCUUUGACCAAUGUUGCAUCUGGAACAUCAGAUCAUACACGAGUUGCUAUUGAACAUGGUGCGGUCCCCAUGUUUGUGCAGCUUCUUAGCUCUGGCAGUGAUGAUGUCAGAGAGCAGGUUGUCUCUCACUACCUUUCACACUUUUCAUCAACUUGAGAGCAUUGCCUUUGGAUUUGGAAUUUCUAAAUACUUCGAGUGAUGCAUAUCUGAAAGACUUUCCAGUUUCAAUAUGAUAUAUAAGUUAUUAAUAAGUUUCAGAAAUUUGACUUC